GAGGAGCAAGUGAGUCAGAACCGAAGCCGGCGACGCGGACCCCACAAAGCAGCCAGCCAGGGCAUGUUCCGAGACUUUGGGGAACCCGGACCGAGCUCCGGGGCCGGCGGUGCGUACGGCGGCCCGGCGCAGCCCCCCCCUUCAGGCCAGCAGAAGUUCCACCUCGUGCCAAGCAUCAACGCUGUGAGUGGCAGCCAGGAGCUGCAAUGGAUGGUGCAGCCUCACUUCCUGGGACCCAGCAGCUACCCCAGGCCUCUGGCCUACCCCCAGUACAGCCCCCCGCAGCCCCGGCCAGGAGUCAUCCGGGCCCUUGGGCCACCUCCAGGGGUUCGUCGACGGCCCAGUGAACAGCUGGGAAAUGAAGGCACAGAGAGGUAG